AAGUAGAACUAAUUUUUCAUAGGCUACCAGACACAAAACGAACAAGUAAUGUUGAAACUGAAGUUAAAAGUCAGCAUCACUUUUGUGCUAAAUUAAUGUGUGUAGUGUAUUUUCUUGGAAUUGCUGAUCGAUGCAGCGUUGCUCUUAACAAAAAUAGGAGUGAGUACUUAAUGAACCAAAAACAAUUAUGACUACAAAUAUAAUGGAAGAUUACACGAGUAAGACUUAAUAAAACAAAGUUUCUUGAGAAUGAAUACUGAGACAAACCGUGCAGUUCUUAAGCAAACUAUUAUCAGAUUUCUGAAAACAUGUAAUGGGAACAAGUGUCACAAAGAUGAAUUUUGGAAUGAGGUUGCCAAGUUUCAGAAAAAAUCUGUUUCACAUAGGCAGUAUGGAGUGUCAAAGAUGCAUGCUCUGCUGGAUAUUUUCAAUGAUAUUCUCACAGUCAAAGGGGACUAUGUUGUCAUUAAACAAAUUGAUGCCCAGACACAAGCUUUGCACAAUCGUGUUGUCAUCUCAGAUUCAGAUGAAGAGGAAGAAGAAGCCAAACCCAAAGCUUCUUCUAGUAGGGAAGCAGCCAAUACUAAAGCUAAAGGGAAACAAGUUUCUAGCCCUCAUUCAAAUCUGAGCUUUAGAGAUAAACUGCUCGCUGUGUUGCGUGCACAGAAUGGCCAGUGUGAGGUGUGGAGGUUUAUAGUGAAUUAUGAGGCUGCUUAUGGAUCUCUUAAAGAAAAUCUGGAAAAGAUGCUGAAACUUCAUAGUGAUGUUGUUUGUGUUAAGAAAGAUGUGAUCUAUUUAUUACCCCAAAAGGAGCCGGUUAGCACUGCACCACCCAAAAAAACACUUGAGACAUCGCUAACAUUUACACCAACUGCCAAAUCUUCAUGGGGCUCUGGUGUACAACAGGGAUUUGUAAUAAAUCUGGAUUCUGAUGAAGACGACGAUGAUGAAAUGGACUCAGACAACGAUAGUCACAGCAGCCACAAGUCUUCAAUGUCAAAUUCCUCUGGAUUUAUUCCCUUUACAGGGUCGACGUCCAUGAAUCCAGCAAUGUCUUCAGGGCAGUUUUCCCACCAGAGGUAUGGGCUAUUACCUCAGCCUCCCUCAGGUCCUAUGGCCAGCAACCCCCAGGGACAGAUGUCAAACUUGCAGGCAAUGUUUCGUAUGCCAAUGCCUCCAAGCUUAGCACCACCUUAUAUGCCACGGUUCAUUGGCCAGCAACCCCAAAUGGCCGUUGCUUCUCCAGCACUUAUGGCUCCCCAGGUGAGACCCCCCCUGCCUCUGAUGUACGCCCCAGCCCUUCCCACCAUGAGCAACCAAACCUUGAAGUAUGCCAGAUCCCAAUCCUCAGACCAAAGUGAGGACGAAGUCCACAUGCCAGUUGUACAACAGCAACCAAGAGGAUCUGAAUGGCCUAAACCACCAGUGAAAUCUGGCCCACCGCCUGGCACCAAGAUCACAGAGGAAGCCAGAGAGAUAAUAAUUAGACCAAUAAUGAUGCAAAGAGGCACUCGUCUUUCAAUGGACCAAGUCAACCAACAGAUUUUGGAGUGUAUAGACCUACUCAGUGGCAACAUGGAACAUGUUUCAAUUGAACGUUUAGAGUUGAUGAUAACACAGAAAUACCAGGUUAGAAAUUUUCGUGAUCUCAACUUGCCAGAGAAAAUGUUCACAUCAAUGCCAGCAGCCAAAGAGCACUCUCUUCUGCUGGGUAAGGUGAAUGUGUACGUGCAGAACUUUGUCAGGAGCAGGUCACUCUGCACGCUGUUUGAGCUGAAAGAAUGCUGCAGGGAGUUCCACCCUAAGAGAAAAGACUUUGACCACCUUAAAUUGGGACCACUUCAAAAAAUGCCUGUAGUGUAUGAGACUUUCAAAUUCCCUUAUGAUGAGUACAUCCCAGAGAUCACAUCCAUCGACCUGAUGGAACAGCUCAACAACUUCCUAGACAAGACUGACAAAUGGAAACAGCACACAAACAUUGAAGAGUUCGUGACCUAUCUCUUGUCUGUUUACAAUGUCACCAGUGCGUAUUCUCUUGGCAUAAGACUGCGUAGUCUCCCCUUAGCUAUUCAGAUGCUGAAAAAGUCAAAACGAGAUGCUGCUACCACUCGAAGAACUGUCGUUGAGAGUUUGAAGGAUCUUUUAAACAAAGAUAUUGAGGAGGCGUUCAAAAAAUUUAGAGCUAACAUUCUACAAUCGGGUGCAAGUGGACUAGAAUUGAGACAACAUUACAUGAAUCUGCCUCCAGAGGUUGCUCUCCGUGAAAUCUUCAUGAAAUUUGAACUGCUUGCCCAGAUUUUUGUGUCAAAUCCAACCUUUUUCCGUAAAAUUGAAAAAUUGUUGAAACACUUUAAUCAUUUUGUAACGAGUGUGCUGGAAGUUCCCAUACCCCGGAACCUGUUCCACCUGGCAGUGUGCAUGUCCAACUUGGAGGUGCAGGAAAGUGCCACAGAGUUCCUGGAAGAGGAAGCCAAGCUGCAGCAGAAGAAACAGGAAAUGGCCUUACAGAUGCAUACACAGCAGGCAGACAAAAAAGUGCCCCCAACCAAAGUUGGACUGGCUGAUAAAGUCUUACUGUACUUAAACAAGUGCCUUGAGCAGAGUGCCUUAAAACUGUCACACCUCCAGAGAAUAGAGACUAAAAUUCUAGAGGACUUGGACUUCAAGACAUUCCAUGACCUUGGCUACGGAACAUUUUUAGACUUCAUACACUCUGAAGGGAAAAUCAAGAAAGUGCUAGAAGAAUGUGGUGGGACGGCUCUAGGCUCAGCCUCCGGUGGUCAUGAGAGCGAGUCUUUGUUCAAGCCUGGCCAGGUGGAGCUACUGGAGUUUGUCUGUCAGGCCAAGUCAGCUGGGCUGGUGCAGGUUCAGCAAGUUGAUAAUUGUUUAUGUGAACAAUAUCACGUCAGUGACAUUAGGCACCUGGGACAUGGCAAUAUUUCUAGAUUGGUCAGCGCAGCAGAAAAAUCUGGCAAACAUUCUUCAAAAGAAUACAGUGUACUUUUUGAGGCAGCUUUGUGCGGAAAAUCCUGUCCAACAACUCGCAGUCGUGGCCAGGUAGGCAUUCAUGGCAGCCUAACUAAAGAGGUGGCAAUGGCUUGUCUGACAGCCUGCCCUCUGUUGGAAGACCUGGCUGAGUGGAGCCACUGGUCAUUGGUGUUUCAGCCCCAACAUGGCCGUCUGCGUGACUUCAUAGAAAAACAUGGCGGACAGAAAAUUUUUACACUGGAAGGUGGGCGUAAGACUGUCAUAUCUGACUUCAUGGCUCUAGAGGUGGAGCCAGGCAAACUUCUGAAGAUCAGCUCGCGCAGCAACUCAGACCAGUUCUGUAGGGCUCUGGAUGCCGGAGACCCCAAUGCUUCAGCUGGGCACCUGGUCUCCAUGAUAGUGGCCAACAAAGGUUUAGAGAGUACACCCCUGGCGUUACUCUCCAACCACUUGAAAACAAAACUUAUUUCCUUGCAUGCUCAUCACCCAGUCAUGGGAACACCAGGAGGUCCCCCAUCCCUGGAAUCUCUGGAUCUUGCUGUCCAAUUUGUCACUGAGAUCUUGCUGCGACUGCCUGUCAGAAUUUGUGUAGCUGUCGCCAACCAGGUGCUGUUAGAACCUUUGAGCCAAGUUGUUGGGUCAGCCAAAUCUAAGAAUUUGAUCAUCCAAGCCUGCAGAACUCCCUGGCAGCGCCUGAGGCUUGAGUUACUUGGCAGCUUGCUGGGGUUGCCAGAGUGGACAGUGUCACACCAUGCCAGGUUUGAAUUCCCUGCUGAAAACGUUGAAGAGAACCUUCCAGAUGAGUUGCUUGGUCAGCCUGAAGAAGUGGUCGAGGAAGAGGUUGAAGAGGAUGAAGAUGAAGAGUCUGACUCGGAUGAGUCUGAGCUAGAUGACAUUCUGUCACAGGAGGUAGAGGAAACUGUAGGGGGAGGUAACCAAGGUAGGGAGGGUGAGAGUGUGGACAAGACAGAUGAUGGUGUUGAGGAGAUCAAUCAGAUUGAUGAUGAUGAGGAGGAGGAGGAUGAUGAUGAUGAUAAAGAUGAAAAUAAAGAAGAAGGAGAAGACAAAGAAGAGAUCAAGGCGCAAGAGCAACCUGACAUUGCCAAAGAAGCAAAUAAAUCUGUUGACGUUGAGGGUCAAGCCGACCUUAUAAAUGAUGAGGGUCAGGCCGACCCAGCUGAUGUGGGUCAAGCUGACCAGGUCAGUGCUGAUGUUGAGAUAGUGGAGCAGAGAGAGCUGACCCAUGAGGAGAAAUGUAAGCUGGUUGUAGAGGACAUCAGGCGUGAGGAGUUUGGUGUGGGCAUCAAGCUGGACGAGACUGGCCAGAAACUUAUGCUGAAACAACAGGAGCGCCAGGGCCGCAGCCUACAGAGACUGUCUAAGGACCUGUACAGCAAGGAGACCCACUUUGUGCUGGAGCUGAUCCAGAAUGCUGAUGACAACAAUUACCAGGGGGAGGUCACUCCAUCUGUCAAGUUUGUCAUUGAUGCUUCAGGUGUGACUGUGCUGAACAAUGAGACAGGGUUUGAAGAGCAAAACAUUCGAGCCAUCUGUGAUGUGGGCAAGAGCACAAAGUCCAAACACAAAUAUGGGUAUAUAGGUCAGAAAGGCAUUGGCUUCAAGUCUGUGUUUAGGGUGACUAGUCGACCCGAGGUCCACUCCAAUGGCUUUCACAUUUUCUUUGAUGUCAACAGUGGACCAAUGGGCUACAUCCUGCCUCACUGGUCUGAUGAGCCAGGGGACAAUACAGGAUGGCAGACAAGAAUCCUGCUGCCGUGGACUGAAGAAAUCAAACAACACAUCCAGACCCAUGCCGCAAGGUUCAAUGACAUCCAGCCAUCUUUGUUGCUCUUCCUGCACAGGCUGAAGGAGAUCCAUAUAGAAAACAAGGUGGAAGGCUCAGACAUGUUCAUGAGACGGAAAGAUUUCCCUGACGGCGAGAUUCAGAUUUCUCACAGUCACGGCAGAGACAAGUGGCUGGUCCUCAGGAAGAUUCUAGAUGCCUCUGCCAUCUCUUUACAGGCUAAAUCGGGAGUGGAGGUCGAAUCAACAGAGAUUGCCCUGGCAUUUCCACUCAAAGACAAAUCAGUUUUUCUUCAUUCUCAGGUGAAACUUGAAAAGCUGCCAGUUUUUGCUUUCCUGCCCCUAAGAUCUUAUGGAUUCAGGUUCAUUGUUCAAGGUGACUUUGAUGUCCCAUCCAGCAGGGAGGAUGUGGACAGGGACAGCUCAUGGAACCAGUGGCUGAGAAAUGAGAUCCAUCAUUUGUUUAUUGACGCAUUGGAUGCUUUCAAGGCAAGACCUGAUCUCACACCAUUGGAAGCACUGAAAUCAUUCCUACAGUUCAUUCCCUUGGAAGGGGAGGUAAUGGGAUUCUUCAAGCCAGUAGCCUCCCAUAUUUUGGCUCAACUGAGAGCCAAGGAGUGCAUGCCUGUUCUGACUAAAGACAAAAAGAGUAUACAGUGGAAGAUGCCAUCCAAGACAGUCAUGACUCGUGAUUCCCUUGUGAUGGAAGUUGUGUCCCCUGAGUUGUUGCAGCGCCACCUAGACCUCCAUUACCUGCACCCAGAAGUAACUGAAGCGCUGGACGAGCCACUGACCAAAGCUCUGGGCAUUGAGUCCAUCACCACAGAACACCUGCUGCACAUUGGGAGGUCAAUAGGUCAAGGCUGGGACAGUGCAGAGAACUCUGAUCAUGUGACUGAAAUAGCCAAAUGGCUGGCUUGUGUUUAUCGUAGCUUGGAUGACUUUCAGGACAACACACAAACAGUUGAGGCACUGGACAAGAUGAGAAUUAUCCCCUUGUCAUGUGGUCGUUUGGUUGCACUGGCAGACGUCACUGUGUUUUUGUUAGCUGAUGAGAAAUCUGCUGCUGAGAAGAAGAAAAAAGGAGGCAAUGCCAUAGAUCCCUUCCUCCCGUUGAAAAAAGACUUGAACCUGGUGCACACAGACUUGACCAACACACCUGACAACGAGGUCAACUCCCAGGUGGUCAAGCUCCUCAUUAAGAUGGGGGUCAAACAGAUGACCCCUCAUGACCUGAUCCACAGCCACAUCAUGCCAGUUUUAAAAACAGAUGCCUGGAAGGAGAAACCAAGGAAUGUGCUGAUCAGUUUCUUGGCCUAUGUGAAAGCUGAAAUGGAGAAAAACCCAUCUGUGGUGGACAUGGCAGAGUUGCGGUCAGUUGCUAGACUGGUCACUAACCAUGGGAUCAAAUCCCCCUCAGAAGAUGACGUCCACUUCUCUACAGCCUUUGGGAACAAGAUUGACCUGUGCAAAAUUUUACCAGGAUUUGAUUGGACACUGGUGGACUCAGCAUAUUUGCCCAGUUUUUCUACACAACAAGACAAGCAAAACUGGCACAACUUCCUGUCUGACCUGGGCGUGGUUGAUACCUUCAAAGUCAGGAGAGUGGAGCUGAACUUUGACAAGAGCACCAUUCAUGAAACUCCUUGGUCAACAUACAAAGAUGUCUGGCCCGACUCACCAGAUGGCUACACCAUUGUGGACUUCCAGUGUGAAGAGUUCCACCGCCUGGUUACAGCCAAUCAGAAGCCUGACAGCUUGUACCAUCAGAUGAUAGCAGUGUUUGAACUGCUGGACGCUGAGUGGAGCUCUAAUUACAGGCGCUACGAACACACACAGCUCAAGUCACGGGCAGGGCAUGUCCUGAAGGAUGAUAUUCAGACAUCUUUUGCUGUGUACUUGAAAACUCUGUGCUGGGUGCCGACCUUUGCCAUGAAGGUCAAGGCCUCUGAUGACUCUAAAUCAGUGGAUGUGCAGGAGACCCGUCUCUUACAGCUUCCUGCUGACCUGUACGCGAGGGACCCACAUAUACAACAGCUCCUGGCACAUACAGUCCCGUACUUGGAUGUGGACCCUCAGAAAAACAGCUCCUUCACAACGUUCUUACAGAUAAAGACCCAAAUAAAUUUGGAGACUGCCAAGAAUGCCUUGAUCUCGUGGGGGGAGAGGGAGGUGGAUCACCCAGACGUGCCUAAAGUAUUCUGUUCCACACUCACACAUAUUAAAAAUCUGUACCUCUACCUUAAUGAAGAACUGAGAGGUAAAGAUACUCAAGAUCUUUUCCACAAUCACCCCAUCAUAUUUGUACCAAACACAGAGCGGGGCACCAGCACGGACAUCUACCCUGGCUUGAUGAUGAGGAGAGAGGAAGUCUGGUGGUCAGACUCUACUGGUCUCUUUCUCAAAUACAGCAACACACUACACAUGUACAAGUCUCCCUUAAACAAAUUUAAGAUUAUCAGGCAUAUAUACUCAGACCUGGAAGAAAUGUUUACUAGCAAAAUUAGAGUGGAAGCUGAGCCCACCUCCGUCCAGUUUGCUCAGCUGUUGAAACAGAUAGCCACUGUCCACACACUGACAGAGGAUGGUGUCCUUGAGGACAUUUUGCUUUUGUUCUCUAAGAUUGGCAAGGACCUGAGUUCGAGGACAGAAAUUGUUGCAGGUCAGAAAACAAACGAUGCCCUGAAGGCUGAAGUCAACCUCCCCAAAGUUUUGGACCUGUUGAAAAAGGCGGCCAUCUUCCCCACAAAACUAGACCAGUGGGUCAGUCUGAGUGACCGUCCCAUGAUUGCAGACUCCACAGAGUUGGAGGAAAUGUUUUUCAAUAAACCAGGAGUCCACUUUCUUCAGCUGAAGACUAAACAGGCUGGAAAAUUCCAUAAUGACAAUUCGGGAAUGAAAGAAUCUCUGAACCAUUUUAUCCACCUGUUUGAGGAGAUCAAGCCACUGAGUGAGUGUGUGGAUUUGCAAGAGAUCACACCAGGCUUCCAACAGUGCAACAAGGGCCAGCUGUAUCUGCACAACAUUAUCGGCCUGCUGCAGAGGUUCCUCUAUUUCACAUUCCCCAAGGUCUACCAGCUGGUCAAAGAAAGGAAAGGAAACACAUUGAAAGAGUUUCUCUUUAGUCAGGUUGAACACUUGGAAGUCAGAUAUGAAUUAACUGGCAGGACUGAUGUCUUUGAGAUCAGAGAAGAAAAAUGUAUCGUCAAAGACAAGUGCUUUUAUUUCCAUGAGAAGUACGUCUCUAGUCAGGUUGAAAUCAACAAAGAAAUAGCCAAGUAUUUUUCUGAAGGAAAUGAAAAAUGUUUCAGAGAACUGAGGAGUUUUUUGUCUCAAGCCGUGCCUAUCCUGGAAGGAACAUCGGAGGAAUCCAUUGAAAGCCUGCUGGCUCGUCAGACAAAAACUAUAGGCCCUCUGCCACCAGGGGAAACAAUAUGGGAAAUCCCACUUCCCAUAAUUCCUGUGGCUCCUGAACCAGAACCAGUUCCUGAGAUGAUGUACUAUGGCAGAGCCUUGUCAAUCCCUGACCCAGAGGCCAUUGCCAAUAAUGGAAGUGAAGAAACCUCUCAGUUAAAGUCCUGGCCUCCAAGAAGUUCAAUUGAUCAAGUUCCCAAACCAAGGAGAGCUACAGACCAGAAUAAAGCCCCCUCGGGGAUCUGGCCGCCCCCUAAAGCCCCACAGGGGGCCGCCAGUGUGUCCAAGCUGCCCAGCAAUAUCAAGUUUGAGAGGUCAGAGGGCGAAGGUGACCAAGAUCCCUCAGCCAGGGCUGCCAGUCAGCAAGUGCCCCACACAGGAGAAGGGAGGGGGGCAGAAGGUCAAACAGUUCAUAGGCAUAUGCCCCAUACAGGGGAGGGGAGAGAUAGUGAAGGCCAUGCCUUACAGAGGCAGGUGUCAGACAGGGGAGAGAACUCUAACCCAACUCCAAGACAGUCUGAAGGUCAAGGUCACCCCCACGGUGAUGGUUCAGUCCGUGUGUACAGGCAUGGUGAUGGCCCACCUCACCCCCACCCUGGCAACAAGGAUCCCGCCCCACUAGAUGGCCCGGCCCAGGUCUUGUCUCGACGUGACAGCGCCGAGGAGGGCGAGGGCGUGUUGACAGGUGAAAAACGUAAAAGGAAGCUUACGGAAGGUUCUAGGUCGGAGGAGACCAUAGCCAUGAAGAGGCCAAACUCAAUGGAGGAAUCCCCUGAUAUGAUCACUGAAACUGAGCAGGCCAACAGUGGACCUGUAGCAGACACACAGCGCCAUAUUGUAGCCUGGGGUGAACCACUUCCAAGAUCUGCUGCCUCUAGCAGGGAGAUAACUCCAUCUUCCUUGAGCAGGGAAACAACCCCCUUGUCUUUUAGUGCCAACCAGGAGAUGAGAAAAGCUAGAAAUAAAGACAUGAUUCACUUCAGCAUACCACGAUGGAAUGAAACCAAUGAAGACCUGGCCUACACAGAGCUGGCCAGGGCGGACACACUGACCCUGCCACCCAAAGUACUUGAGCCAGAGGCCCUCGACAAGGACAUUGGCCUGUGGGGGGAGAUGCUUGUGCUAGACUAUUUGGUUCGCCACAAGGAAUCCAACAGCGACAUAGAGGCUGUACUGUGGACCAAUGUUGACGGGGAAAAAGGUCUACCGUAUGACUUUGAGAUUGUGUUCAAGAGUGGGGAGCCUGAUACAUUUCACUCUGUCUUUGUUGAGGUGAAAGCAACGCUGAGCUGGGACAAAGAGGUGUUCCAUGUCUCAUCCAAGCAGAUCGAGUUUGCUCUAGCCAUGAAAGACAAGUACGAGAUCUUCAGAGUGUACGGGGCUGGCAAUACAAACUCCAAGUUGGUGCGGGUGGAGAAUGUGGCUGAACGGAUGCGAGUUAAGCAAGUCAAUCUAUUUAUGGUGCUGUAGUGUAGCUUAUGGUUGUAUUACUAUAGUUUUUAUCAUCAUGGUUGUACUAAAAUAUUUCUUUUGUAAUUAACAUUUUUACUUGUAUAUUUCUGUUGAAAUAAGAUUUUAAAUUACAAAUGCAGCAAUGUAAAAAAUUUUUGAAAUUGUUUUGUAAAAAAUUUCUACAUUUUUAUCAUGCUAUAAUUAAUUAUUGGUUUGUAAAAAAAAUACAAGUCAACAUUUUUAUUAUUUUAUUUUAACUCUUUUAUUUGAUUAUUGUUUAUUACACUUAUUAAAACUUGGAAAGUUUUCCAGGGAAUUAUUAAUAUUGUUAUCAAUUUUAAUUCCAUGAAAGAGAUUGUAGUAAAUUUUUGAAUGAUGUUCUUUUAAAAUGCAAAAAUGCUAAGUUAAAGAAAUUUCAUUUUAAAUUCAUUUAAGAUGUUUUAUAAUUAAAAAAAUCUGGAAAAUUAAUUUUACAUGUAAAUUU